CAUCAUCACCACUAAAAACAAGAACGAGCAGAAAGACAAGACUUGUUCAAUUAGAUCCGGCUCUGCAUUAUUAUUACAUGCAUGUCGUUUUUUUGGCGGCAGUGCGCGUGAGCUCAGCUCGCGAUGUGUGUCGGGUGGACGGAUUUCCGCGCUGGGACGAGAAACAAACAAAUGACCGACUGAAUGGGAAAAGAGACACGAGGGCUGAACUCCUUUCUCUGGAGCUGGCUGAGCAGUACGACUUUACAGCGUCGUGCGUUUAUCAGUUUCCUGUAACCAACCCUUUUCUCCUUGUUGUUUGUGUGCAUGUCGUUAUGGGAAUGUGUGACCGGUGUCUCUGAGCCGCCUGGGGCUGAAAUUAUGUUCGCUUUCCGACAGGCAUGAGAUCAUUAAAAAAAAAAAAAACUUUUGUUUUUUUUCUUUCUGAUUUUAAGUCGUACCAACAGUCGUUUGGUUAGGAACGGCGCUUUGUUUCGUUCUUCCUUCUAAGACAUGUCGGAUGAUGAAACGCACGUGAGACGUUUGGACAUCAGAGAGCCUUUGAUGUUAAUGUUGCUCCAAACGUGUCCUGAUAUGGCAGUCUGAACGUUUUGGAGCUUUCGGCGUCACUUUAACACACAAAGGGACACCAGGAGCUCUUUGUUAGGCAUCAGUAAAUAUCUGGGAGGAGGAAAAAAAACAAACUAUUGCUGCUGACAAGUCGGUGGGAUUCAGUGAGCUUUCAUUCUCAUUAAAGCUGUUUUUCAACGAGCACAAAAUGGCCAAUGACUCAAUUCAAAGUGAUCCCGGUGGGUUGUCGGUGCUGGAACAGCUGGGUCUGGACCAAGGCUCGGACUUUUCAGAUUCAAGCGUGCAACAGCGGCUGGACGAGGAGCGCGAGAAGAUCCGGCGCGAGAUCCGCAAGGAGCUGAAGAUCAAGGAAGGAGCGGAGAACCUGCGACGUGCCACCACCGACAAGCGCAAUGCUCAGCAGGUGGACAACCAGCUGCGCUCCUCCAACCGGCGUCUCCACUCGCUCCAAGCCCAGCUCCAGGAGCUGGACGCACACAUUGUUGUUAAGGGAACGGAUGAGGCUCGCGAUGAUGCGCCUCGGUCUCCCGGCAUGGAGAGCCGGGUAUCUGCCCAUCAGGAGCGCAUUGCUGCACUGGAGAGGCAGCUUAACAUCGAGCUCAAAGUCAAGCAGGGUGCUGAGAACAUGAUCCCUAUCUACGCUAACGGAUCUACCAAGGAUAAGAAGAUGCUGCAGACCGCUCAGCAGAUGCUCCAGGACAGUAAAACCAAGAUCGACAUCAUUCGCAUGCAGAUCCGCAAAGCAAUGCAGGCCUACGAGCACACCGAGGACAUACAAGGAAAGCCCGACCCGUGUGGGAUAGAGCUGAGGAUCGAGGAGCUGAGGCAUCACUAUCGGGUGGAGCACGCUGUUGCAGAGGGAGCCAAAAAUGUUCUGAGGCUGCUGGGAGCCAACAAAGUGCAAGAUAAAAAAGCCAUGUCAGAGGCGCAGUGUCGUCUGAGCGAAUCCUCACAGAGGCUGGAUCUGCUGAAGGUCUCCUUAGACCAACGCUUGGCCGAUCUGCCUGAAGAUCAUCCCAAAGCCUGUCUGAUCAAGGAGGAGCUCGUCCUGGCCUCCUCACCUACCUUCAGUUCGCGUCACAGCACCCCCUACCUGCACAACCAGUACAGCACACUGUGCAAACCCUCUCCUCUCACCGGCAUGCUGCAGGUGAAGUUACUAGGCUGUGAGGAUUUGUUGGAUGUGGUUCCGGGCCGUAGCCGUGGCAGCCCAGUGGUGUUGCCGUGCCACAGCCCCGUGGAGGCUCGCUCCUUCAUGCGCAGCGGGAAAGGCCUGUACAGCCGCAGUGGCAGCGUCAGUGGCAAGAACACGCUGAAAACAGAUGAGCUCUCCUCGGAGGUGAGUGCAGUGCUGAAGCUGGAUAACACUGUGGUGGGUCAGACAGCGUGGAGGACCGUCGGAGAACAGACCUGGGACCAGACGUUCCCUAUAGAGCUGGAAAGGUCUCGGGAAAUGGAGAUAGCGGUGUAUUGGAGGGACUUUCGCUCUCUAUGUGCACUGAAAUUCCUGAAGCUUGAGGAUUUCCUGGAUAACCAGAAACACACAGUGAAGCUGGAGCUCGAACCACAAGGCUUGCUGCUAGCUGAGGUGACGUUCUUCAAUCCAGUUAUUGAAAGGGUUCCACGCCUUAAGAGACAGAAGAAAGUGUUCUCUAAGCAACAGGGUAAAGCUUUCCUGCGCGCGCGCCAGAUGAACGUUGACAUCGGCACGUGGGUGCGGCUCUUAAGAAAUGCCAUUCCGACCGUUAACAACACAGGAACCUACAGUCCCCAUGCAGCUCACACAAUACAGUCAGGGGAGAUCUCUGUAGAGAAACUGAGCCUGGACUCGGAUUCCCCCAUGAAAGUAGAACUCAGGAGAGACAUGACAGAUGGACAGACUCCGGAGAGGCCACAUGUGAUUGAGCCAUGCUCUCCUCAGGACUCUUCUACACCUCAACGACCCAACAGAACACACUCACUUAGCAGUAAACAGAAGAAAACUCCAUUGGGGCUUCAGGAUUUCAGGUUGAUCGCUGUCCUGGGCCGAGGCCAUUUUGGCAAGGUAUUGCUGGCAGAAUAUAAGAAAUCAGGCUUGAUGUAUGCUAUCAAGGCACUUAAGAAAGGAGACAUCGUGGCCAGAGAUGAAGUGGAGAGCCUGAUGUGUGAGAAGCGGAUCUUUGAGAUAGUGAACACCUCUCAGCACCCGUUCCUGGUGAACCUGUUCGCUUGCUUCCAGACACCGGAGCACGUGUGUUUUGUCAUGGAGUAUACAGCUGGUGGAGACCUCAUGAUGCACAUCCAUGCCGACGUAUUCAACGAACCGCGGGCUGUGUUCUAUGCUGCCUGUGUGGUGCUUGGCCUUCAGUUUCUACACGACAACAAGAUUGUCUAUCGGGACCUAAAAUUGGACAAUCUGCUGCUUGACACAGAUGGAUAUGUGAAAAUAGCUGACUUUGGACUGUGUAAAGAAGGUAUGGGCUUCGGGGACAGGACGAGUACGUUCUGUGGGACUCCGGAGUUUCUGGCUCCAGAGGUUCUGACAGAUACGUCCUACACACGGGCGGUGGACUGGUGGGGACUCGGAGUGCUGAUCUAUGAGAUGCUUGUUGGAGAGUCUCCAUUUCCAGGAGAUGACGAAGAGGAGGUGUUCGACAGCAUAGUCAACGAUGAAGUCCGUUACCCACGAUUCCUGUCGUCAGAAGCGAUAGGAAUAAUGAGAAGGCUGCUGAGGAGGAAUCCGGAGAGGAGGCUGGGCUCUGGAGAGAAGGAUGCUGAAGAAGUUAAGAAGCAGCCUUUCUUUAGGAAUAUGGACUGGGAGGCACUCCUCCAGCGUAAACUUCCUCCCCCAUUCGUUCCCACUAUUGGAGACAGAGAAGAUGUGAGUAACUUCGAUGAAGAAUUCACGACGGAGGCGCCCACCCUUACGCCGCCGCGAGAACCCCGCGUGCUCUCGCGCAAGGACCAGGAGAGCUUCCGUGACUUUGACUACGUCUCUGACCUCUGCUGAGCUCCUGUCACGGUCGCCGACAGGUCGUCGUCUAGGAUUGUUUUUGUUUUUUUUCCCACUGUGAUAAUAUGAAGAGGGACGGCCAUAACCACUACACUGUGACUCAGCGAAGUCGAAAGGCCAUUCUUCAGGACGGCUCGAGUGUUAAGAAGGAGUUUUACACUGUGAUGGAGAAUAAAAGUGGCAAAAGACAAGAAAUGUGACAGGACUCUUUCUUCAUCUGCCAGGUGUUUCUGUACCGAGCGCCGUAUGAGUGAGAUCGAAUCCAAACCAAGUACCGGACCUGAGCAAAGUCACAGAACACGACAGCGACUCUCUCGGACAGUCCCAGGACAUGAACACAUAACUUUCCAGUAACAGUCCUAACCACUGAGCUACCACUGCCCAUUUGAAACCAGUUUAAAUGUAGUCGUUCUUUAUCUUCUCUCGAUCUCUGACUUUCACCUCAAUGUCAUUUAGUAACAGAUGAUCUUCUUGCUUUCUUUCUUGCCUGAUGCUUUUAAACUCACUGAAACUCUUCUGCAUUUUCAGACACCACGGGAGAGCCUUAACUUUAUACACUGUCCCUUUAGAAUCUUCUAAAAAUCUUCUUAAAAUCGUCUAGAUGUCUUCUAAGCAUGAUAAUUGAAUAGAAUGAAACUAAGAAGGGUCUUGUAAAUGGUUGGAGGGAUGUAAUGAAGCAUCCUGACAUUCCCAGUGAUAUAAAAUAGUGCUACAUACAGUAUAUGACUCAACAGGAGCUAAAAUGAGCAUAAAAGCUUAUAGUGGUUACAAAAACGGAUAAAGUGUCGAAUACUCCAGAUACAGAACAUCGUGCACAUGUUUAUUAUACCACCAGCUAUGAAUAAAUAUCUGAAAAUGGACAGAUUUAAGACCAAAAACAGUUUAAAAAAAUGGCAAAAUAUGAUCCUGUGCUUAAGGUAACACGCAUUUGAAGCUCAAACUUAGACCAGGGUUUUAUUAAAGUUCUCAAUACUGUAGAUGGAUGUUUUAGCUAUAAGUGUACACCAUAAUACAAGAUGAUUUGUCUCAUACAAACUUUAAUUACAAUCUGAGAUACCGCUACUUUUAAUUUGCAAAUAAUAAUGAUGAUGAUGAUGAUGAAAAAAAAGAUUUUAAGUAUCUGAGUUACAGUACGUGCGAAGUUAGUUAGUCCAGUACCUCCAAAAAAAUUCAACUUGGAUCCACAUUCACCGUGAGAUCUUACCUUACCUUUUUUUUCUCUUCCCUUAAUGAAGGACGCAUUUUUUUUUUCUUUUAGCUUUUGUGCUUUUUCUUGGUUUUAGGUGGAAAUAUGUAGCAAAUUCUUUUUAAAAAUUUUUAAUAAUCCUGAUCAUGUAUUGUUCAAUUUAAAGCCGUUUUAUAUUUCCCCUCUUUGGAAUCACUGGCUUGUGUAAUGUAAAGGUUUUUUUUUUUUUCUAUGCAAAAUGAAGUUACUUUUGCAUACCACACAGAUAUAAAUACACUGUGAUAAUCUUGUAGCACAAUUUCUUAGUAGACCUUUUGCCUGCAGACUACAUUAAUGUCUGUGUAUCAGCCAUCGCAACAUCCGGAAAAGAAAAUCAGACUAAACUCUGUAUCUGUUUCCAGUGAUCUGGAGGUCAGUAUGGAUGGUGUCUAUCCCGUGUACACUCAUUACACAAAGUUUAAGAUGAUCUCUAUUUAUAAAAAUGUGUUGUACAAAA